UGCCGCCACCUUUCCGGAGAGCUCAGGCCAGGCCCUCCCCUGCGCGUCCGGCGGAGGCUGGGUGGGCGUCCUCAGCGCGGGCCGGGGGCUCGGGCCCCGCCUCGGCGCCACGCCCCGCCCCGGCGCCACGCCCCCGCGGCCCCACCCAGCCUCUCUGCUUCUGGCCUUCGGCCUCGGCAGCUGGAGGCUGCCGGCCGGCGAGGGCCGCGCGAUGUCGCACGGACCCGGGCUCGUCCGCACCACGUGCAGCAGCGGCAGCGCCCCGGGAGUCGGGGCCGGCGCGGGGCAGCUGGGCGCGAGCUCUUCGGAGGGGCUGCUGGACCCCGUCUACCCCCGCACCCACGGAGCGCUGCUGAAAGUGGCGCAGAUGAUCUCGCUGCUGAUCGCCUUCAUCUGCGUGAGGAGCUCUCUGUGGACCAGCUACAGUGCCUACAGCUACUUUGAAGUGGUCACCGUUUGCAACUUGAUCAUGAUUCUCGCCUUUUACCUGGUCCACCUCUUCCGCCUGUACCGCGUGCUCACCUGUAUCAGCUGGCCCCUGUCGAUGCCGCCGUCUGAUGCCCUAACAGCCCGCCAGCCCUGUAGGAGGCGCUGCAGGACGUGUGACCCACGCGGAUGGAGGGGCUUGAGCCGGCGGCCGCAGAAGAAACCGGGGUCUGGGUCCCCGGGCCGGUGGGUGCGGGAGGGGCCCUUCCUCCGGCUCCUGAGCGGGUCCAGCCUCUCUCGCCAGCCUUCUUCACUUCCUCAGAGAAUAUUCCUCCCCGUCCGGGAAAGAAAAGCAGCCUCCAGGGAAAUCUGAUCUCUCCCUCCUGCUUUAGAACCGCCUCAGGGACUGAUGCCCCCCUCCCCCCGUUAAGGUGAAGGGGGUGGUUUUUGAAUAUUCCUGCCGAACCCUUCCGCUCUCCCCAGCCCUCGGGGAGGGGCGCUGCCUUAAAUCCUCUUGUGAAAACACAGCCACCUCCUAAUUUAUCUCGCUUGGAAAUCUGGUCUUGAAGGUACCCUCUUUCUUAAAGUGAGGCUUAUGGGAGCACCAUGCGGUCAGCCUGUCCCCAAAUAGGAGAUCUCGGUUCCUUUCCUUUUGUUACCAUUGUGUACGUGUUUGUAUGUUUUUAAAUAAAAUGUUGACUUGGCCAAUUG